CCGUUGUUAAAUAUGGUCGGAUCUGGCCUAAUCUGCGCAGCUGCAGAUAAAGACCCUUGCAGAGCUGACUUAUGUGUGAGUCGAAAGAUAGUGUUGAGUCGAAGAAAACUUCAAGAUUCCGCACUACAUGGACAUAAGGGCAGCUGCUUACCAAUCUACUGUACUGAAGGUAAACAUUUAAGGGAUGAUGAGUGUGUGGAAAUCAUCAAGGAUGUUGUCGGUAUCGAAUACAAUCUAAAUAUGAUGUUUGUCCUUGACAAUGAAGACCACUACAAGACCUGGUUAAAAUUUCAGACGAAUUUCUCUCAUGCUCUAUUGAUUGAACUAUUUACAUUGCAUAUAGAAGUUCAACUUCAACUACUUGAUUGCGAAUAUAACCUUCCCAUUGUGCUCAAAGAAGGUAAUGAUCCUUGCAGGUUGGAGAAUGUAAAGGGAAAUAAAUCACAAGUCAUAUUUAUCAUUCAAGGAACUGUUAUGGCCCCUGUAUCUAUGUCAAGAACACAAUUCGAACAAAAGUUGACUAAAAAUCUAAUGAGACAUUUUUUUCGUAUGAAUCUGUCACCGACAGAAUUUGUUCAACUUGAGCCAAUCGUCAUUCUAAGAGAGUCCGUUCUCGGUAAGCUGUACUUGCAAGUACUGUGUGACUUGAACCAAGAAACUAAUUCUGUCUUCUAUUACUAUCACAACAAUACACAAGAAAUCCAGAAAGAAGUGUCGACUUAUCCAAAUGAGCGAGAAGAUGUUUUAUUUCAUAUGAUAGUUGGGACCUAUCAUUUGCUUAAAAGAUACACUAGACCAUAUGAAAGAAACAGUCUACAUGUUAGCCAGAUACUUUUAUGUAAGUUUUUGAGUUUCAACCAAUCAGAUUACCUGAUGACCAUUAAUGAUUCAGUUAUACCACCGGAAGUGAGAAUCAAAAUAAGUCUCAAUGUGACUGAAGUACACAUCACAGACAACAAGGAGCUUAUCAUGGUUGAUAUCAAUAAGAACGGACGACUGGAAGUCUGUACAGACUUACUGGACAUGAAAUUAAAGGGACAUAACAAUUAAAGAUCAUGAAAAGUGAAAAAAAAAAUACUAAUUCAAAUAUUAGAAAUGAAAUUAUUUGGAGAAGUUUAAUAACUUUUUUUAUAAUUCAUCAAAUAUUCAAUGUAAUGUAAUAUAACUUAUAUUAUAGUAGGUGAAACCA